AUGGCCGAGCAACAGAAUCUCCACUUUGAGACCCUCCAGCUUCACGCGGGCCACGAGCCCGACUCCGCCACCAAUUCCCGCGCCGUCCCCAUCUACGCGACGACUUCGUACACCUUCAAUGACUCCGCCCAUGGUGCGAGGCUCUUCGGCCUCAAGGAGUUCGGCAACAUCUAUAGCCGCAUCAUGAACCCCACCGUCGACGUUUUCGAGAAGCGUAUUGCCGCCUUGGAAGGCGGCGUCGCCGCUGUGGCCGCCGCCUCCGGCCAGGCCGCCCAGUUCAUGGCCAUUUCUGCGCUUGCGCAUGCGGGCGACAACAUCGUUUCCACGAGCAACUUGUACGGCGGUACUUACAACCAGUUCAAGGUGCUGUUCCCGCGCCUUGGCAUCAAUACGAAGUUUGUUAAUGGCGACGACCCGGCUGAUAUCGCCGCUGCUAUUGAUGAUCGCACUAAGGCUGUUUAUGUCGAGACUAUCGGUAACCCCCGCUAUAACGUGCCGGACUUCGAAGCCAUUGCAAAGGUUGCGCACGAGAAGGGUGUGCCACUGGUGGUCGACAACACCUUCGGUGCGGGCGGCUACUUCGCCCGCCCCAUCGACCAUGGCGCCGACAUCGUCGUCCAUAGCGCCACGAAGUGGAUCGGCGGCCACGGGACCACCAUUGGCGGCGUGGUAAUCGACAGCGGCAAGUUCGACUGGGGCAAACACAGCGCCCGCUUCCCCCAAUUCGUCGAGCCCUCCGAGGGCUACCACGGCCUGAAGUUCUGGGAGACCUUCGGCUCAAUCGCCUACGCGAUCCGCGUGCGGGUCGAGAUUCUACGGGACCUGGGUGCCGCGUUGAAUCCGUUCGCGGCGCAGCAGUUGAUUCUGGGCUUGGAGACGCUGAGUCUGCGCUGCGAGCGCCAUGCCACGAAUGCCCUUGCGCUGGCGAAGUGGUUGCAGACGAAUGAACAUGUUUCGUGGGUUUCGUAUCCCGGUCUGGAGGAUCAUCCGUCGCAUGCGACUGCGAAGAAGUAUCUGACCCGUGGCUUUGGUGGUGUUUUGUCGGUUGGGAUUAAGGGUGGUGCGGCGGCUGGGAGCCAGGUGGUUGAUGGAUUUAAGCUGAUUUCGAACCUAGCCAACGUCGGCGACUCCAAGACUUUGGCUAUCCACCCCUGGUCCACCACCCAUGAGCAGCUCACGGAGCAGGAGCGUGCCGACUCCGGCGUCACUGAGGAUGGCAUUCGCAUCUCAGUUGGCACUGAGCACAUCGACGAUAUUAUUGCCGACUUUGAGCAGUCAUUCCGCGCGUCGAAGGCUGCUGUGCCGGACCGCACUGCUUAG